AUGUUACAAGAGACACAGUUUGCGUCUCUUGUUGGUGUCGACUUGGGGAGGUUUUGGGGGAAAGGGAGUUUUGAAUUUGAUUGGGUUGGCGCGCCAGGUCGUUCUGGUGGUCUAGUUUCGUUAUGGGACCCUAAGAGAUUUUCGGCUUCUAGGGUGGUAAAGAGUAGAUUUUUCUUAUGUAUUCAUGGUUAUUUGAAAGAUGAUGGGAAGGCGUUUUCGUUGAUAAAUAUUUAUGCUCCACAAAAGUUGAGGGAUAAGCGAUCUCUUUGUGCCGAGCUUGAAGGUAUUAUUGUUCGAGAUAAUGCAUUUUGGGUUGUUGGCGGUUAUUUUAAUUGUGUGCGAGAUCGGUCAGAACGUAGGAACUCUAGGUUUAAUGCUUUGGUUUCUAAUGAGUUUAAUGAUUUCAUUGAUAAGGUGGAAUUGCAUGAAUUUACUUUAAAAGGUAGGAAGUUUACCUUUGUUUCUGGAAAUAAAUGUAGCCGUAUCGAUCGUAUUCUUGUGUCAUGGAAUUUUGUGAAUGAAUGGACAAAUGCAGAGUAUAGAGCUCUUGCUAGGGAGGAAUCGGAUCAUUGCCCGUUAGUGUUGAAGAUUGAAGCGCAAUAUUUUGGGCCUAAACAUUUUAGAUUCUUUAAUUCUUGGUUAUCCAGGGACAGGUUAAGUGAAGUGGUUGAUAAAGUAGAGAUUGAAGAGGAACUUAAUUUAAAGGCUGAAUUAUGUGAGCUAGAUGAGUUAAUUGAUGAAAGGGAUUCGACCGAAACCGAGAUGCGUGUUCUUAAUGAAGCUAAGAAUCGGCUUAGGGAAAUGGGCGAUAUUAAAAAGAAAGAUAUUCGACAAAAAUAA